AUGCGAAUCUACAAAGCCAAGACGACCUUGAAAUGGUUCAAAAUGCUACCAAAGCCAACAACACGGUGUUGGAGGAUGGUUCUCGAGAUGCAGACAGUGAACAAACCAAAACCAAGGCAACAGUUGCUACUGCAAUUGAAAACAUUGCUCGCAUUUUGUUUCCAUUGGCAUUCAUUGGCUACAACAUUUUUUAUUGGACCUAUUAUUAGCAUUCAAAUAAACUAUCGUCUAUAGUAUCGUGGAAACGAACUUAAGAGGCAAUAGUAUUGGGAGCAAACUGAGCUAGCACUAAAACUUAGUAUCAUCAGCGUUUUUUUAAGUUAAAACAUAGAGCUCUCAAAGGGAGAUACACAUCAAGCAAUGCUUUUAAUGGGAAUAGAAGCGUUCACCUUCUAAAUUAUAUCUGUUUGGUUGCUGUUAUUGUUGUUGUCGUGUUUUUAAAAAUGUACACUGUAUUCAGCCAUCCCUAUUAUCAAACUCCGAAGAAAUGCAGGUGUAUGUAGAUUUGUAGAGUAUGUCAACUAUUAUAUCUAAUAGCAUGACUUGUAGGGAUAUUUGGCCUAAAUUCCACGAGUGAUAUUUCAAAAUUGUUAUGCGUAAUUUCACGAGCCGUUAGGCCAGUGAAAUUUGAGACAAUUUCGAAAUAUCACUAGUGGUAUUUAUAUAUGCCAAAUAUCACGUACAAAUCAUACUAUUAUUUGUUUAAUAUACUACUACCCGCAAAAGGUUUGUAAUUUUCACAUGUAGGUGUUUCAAAUUUAUGCUGAAAUACCACUGCUCUAGGCCAAUCAAAUUGCAGAAAUUUCUCCUGUAGUAGUAUAAAGGCUGUUAUAAUUAGGAACAAUUACGAGAAAAUUGUUGUACACGGCUCCUUUAAUUCUGCUUCCAAGUCGUUAAUAGAGACCUUUAGAGUCUAUGACGAGGACAACUAGGAGAACAGGGUCAAUUCACCAUUUUCAAACAUCCUCGGAGACCCAGGGGCGGUCAGUUGGGUCAAAAAAAACUGCGGCGAAAGUUUUCAAAAACUGGCAGGAGAGCCCCGAGGAUCCUACUCUUAACGAACCAGUUCCACGACUUAUUCGAAUGCUUGUCUGUGAUUGGGCAGAAAAAAUAUUUCUGUGCCCAAUCAGAGGCCAGCAUCAAACUUACAGUAAAAUAUCGUCCUUGUAGUUGGUCCCUGCCCUCGAAUCUAAAAUUGUCAAAUGAUAUGUAGACCUACUGGAAUAAAUACUAGUGUACUCCCAAGGAUAACACGCGUCUUCACACUCACGUGGCCAAGAUCUUUGCAAAAUGACUUCCGCGUAAUCUUAUCCAAUCAGCAGUCAGUAUUCACGCAACCUGCCACAACCUGAUUUGUUGCAAGAUGCUGUUUAAACGUGGUGGUAAAACGUGCCACAUCACGAUUCAACUCAUUUUGUUACAAUGUUUCGAAACAAGUUGCACUUUUUUACUGCACUUUUUACCGUUGCUUAAGAUGGCGAGUACUGAGAGCUUUGUUCCUUCAAUUAACCAUUUUCACGUUGCCUAUAAUACACUUUGUUUAACCCCCCCCCCCCCCCCCCCCCUCUUUUUUUUACCCCCCCCCCCCCCCCAAAUUCUGUAUAACUAUUGUUUCUUUUCUUCUGGGUAUGGCCGUGGUCCGAAAAGGAAAUAAAGACAAUGUUUUGGCUGCAAAAUUUUGUGGGGCGAACAAUGUCCAUCAUGGGCAAUGUGAGAAUGGUGUCCUUGGGAAAUCUUGAAGAUCCAAAUAAGGAUUGCUAAUUAAAUCGAAACUUUGGCCAAUUCGGGCACCCUUUGCUCUUUCUCACGCAGUUCGAAUAUAUCAAGUUCAUACAUUUAUUUUUUAUUAAAAAGCAACUCAUUACAGACACACUAUAUAUUUUUUCUUUUUGCUCGACAUUUUUUGUCGUGGUUUGAGAGUUCAUAAUUUGUGUGUUGCGCUAUUUUGCUAUUAGUCUUUGCUUUCUAAAGUUUUGACAUAGUUGGCAAAUUUAGCCCAAUAGCGUUGUUUUUGACCAAGCAUGCGUCAAAUUGUCGUGAAAUAAAAGAAAUUUUAUCGAUGAGGCUUGAUGCAUGGCUAGCCUUUACUUAAAUUAUACUAUAUUGUAUUUCGCUUUAAGUGGAAACACGCUGUGAACGUGCAUUCACUUUAAUAACGUACAAAGUACCUUGGAGGCUUACAUAAAUUUUAUUUGAUUGCCACCAUGAGCAGCUUUAUCGUGAAUUUGUGUUCUUGUUUGCUCAAAUUUGCGAAUCCCUAAACAGUUUUUCAAAAUGUUUACACGAAGUACGCUAGUAAGCUUCAAAUCGCGUUUUCGCUGAGCUGUGAAUGCAACCUGGGCCCACCUUGUUCACUCAGCUAGGGCUCGUGAUCAGAUCAGUAAGACUUUUUGAUAAAUUCCCAACUGAUUGCUUGUUCCUAUAGGUGUUUAUUUCUAUUUAAUACUCAUUAGGACGUCUUCUCAGCUGUUGAGUUAUUCUCGACGGGAUUAGGUAUUGACUGCUGGGAAAAUUCGUAUUCAAUUUGGACGUUCUAACUAUUAUACACAAAUGAUAAGGUUCCUAAGCGUUAUUGUUUUUGAUCACAAUCGCCUGCUUAAAAUAUUUUCAUAUUAGCAUAAAAAUUCAAUUAGACUGAUACACGGGUGGAAAUUAUUAUACUCAUAUCACAGCACAUUGAAAGGUUUCCAUUUUCUUCGUGAAAGUUUGCGGUGAGUGUAGCAUUUAUUUUCGUCCAGCCUUUCGUCAAGCUUCAUAUUGGAAACUUUGCGCCGCUUAUACCUAAGAAAAUGAGCUGAGUGACUUUUUUUCCCACAAAGCUUCCACCAUUGUUAAGCCUUGAUUGCAGAACGAACAAUUCACAAAUUCUCAAGUUUAUUCUAGUUCUUUCAUACACAAGGAAAAGACCUGUUUCAAACGCAGAACUUCUCAUGACAAUUAUGCAUGCAUACUACAUGAAAAUCGAUUUUCUGUGGUUCGACAGGUCCAAAUUGAAAAAAAGUUAGACUGUUGAUUUAGAUGCCGAACUUAUACAGUUUUGGGCAAAAAAAAUGCAAUAGGGUCGUCACAGAGAUUGUUUGAACAUUCACACCUGAAACAAAGCCGCUCCGAGUUCGUUUCAAAAUCGAAACUCCCAGCAGAACCAGACGGGAAGAGCGGUUGAGUCGCUUCAAACUGAAAACGUUAUAUCAGAUUUCGACACCGAAAGUUUCAUAUAUUACUUAAUUCAAUGUAUUAGGUUUAUUAGGAAUCUAAAAUGUUUGGCGUCUCAAUCUGGUCGAAAAGACAUAAAGUUCCAUCCAAAAAUUGCUCACUUCCUACAUGAUGACGUCAUGUUUCAUCCUGUUUUUACAGGCAAAGACUAGACUUAAUACACCGGAAAUAAAUAAUAUUUGCUUGGUGUCCUCAGGAUGAACUGAAACUCAUAUGCAAGAUAUCAAUCAUUUCACGUUUUGCUCAUUCAGUAUUACUCACAAUACUUUGAUGGUCGCCAAUAAAUAAAUGUCACUUAAAAAUGCAUUCAUUUGGUCACUGCCGAAUUUCCAUAUGCCUUAAAAAUAAUAGUGCUGUUAUAAAAGGCUUAUUUUAUGUUCGCACAGCACGACUUCUUAUAUUUACUGUUGUUAAUGUUAAGUAAAAGUACUACAUUUAAACGUCUUCAACAAGGACACCGAACGGACAGACUGUGUCACAGAGCCCGCGUUAUAGAGUUAGGAGUUUUAUGACUUCCCCUUCAUGCUGAAUCUUUUGCACUAUGCAGCUCAGUGAAGCAUCCCUACUCGAGGCAAAUCUUUGUUCACGCCACUGUUUACACUUUUGCUCAUUACCAAAAAUAGUAACCAAUAGAAGACUUCGCCGAUGAAGUUGAGUAGUUUGUGCAAGUUUUAGCUAUUUGCCAUCAACAACAAAGGAAAUAGAAUCAAUCAUAAACUGUACGAUUGCUCGGUGGCAGAAGCGUUAAUGAGCUCAUCAUUUUUUGUAAAAAUCGUUUGUUUUUUUCCAAGGAGAAUUCCAGUGGAAAUAUUUGGUAGAUAGGGUUCAAAUUGUCAGAGAAAACUGAAAUUGUUAUGACUCUUUCUGACUCUUAUUGUUACUAACGGUUUGUGUUCACGUAUAGAUACAAGAUGAAAAAACUACCAUGUUUUUUCGCUGCGCUUUUGCUGAGUCAAGCAAAACUGUAAGUAUCCGCUUUUAUUUAUUUAAUCGCAAAUCACAAAGUAUUCAACCAUUUUUUCAUACAUUAUAGAUGGUGAAAAUCUUAAAACUUCUUCCUCUUAUUUAUUUUCACAGAAUAUCUUGUGAAGAUGGUGUUAUAACGGAAUUGUUUAAGGACUACGACAAAGCAAUCAGGCCAAAUCACGGUAAAUAUGUGCAAAAAUAGUCUGUAAAAUAAUAGCUUGUAAAAAGAAAAAUGCAUAUUGUUUUUUCAAGUAAACUUUUUAAAUCCUGAAUAGGGCUUUCCUUGUUUGUUUUUUUUUUCAAGGAAGGGGUAAGCCAGUAACGAUUCGUUCAUCGAUUUAUGUGGAAUCCUUUGGAAACAUAGAAGAGGCCAAUAUGGUGAGAUAAAUGCGGAUUAAAUUAAGAUUUUAUUAGUUGUUAAUUAACUGAGAUAAUAAAAGUGUUCCGGUUGGUUGCUGAAAGUUAAAAAAGAAAAAAAGGGAGCUCCUCGAGUUAGAGAAGAUGAUAAAAGGAACCAAAUCGAGGCCUGAAACUGGAAAAUGAAGUGAUCUGUAUAAAUUCUAAUUUUUCGGGUAUGAAGAUUGGUGUGUGCUCACUAGAUGAAGGCACUGGAAAGAUAGAUAAGUAACUAGACGCGCAUUAAUUAAUUAAGAAUUUUGCAUGUUAUUUACUUUCUUUUCGUUUUAAUUUCAGGAAUUCAAGGCAUAUAUCUAUUUUCGUCAGUUAUGGAAGGAUCUUCGCCUGACAGGAAGGGUCAACGACACUUUCACCAUACGAGGUGGAGAGGUCGACAAUAUCUGGACCCCAGAUCCAUAUUGCUACAAUGCACGUGAAUCGAAUAUGAUGACACCCAAUGAAGAAGUAAAUGUUAAUGUACAGAUUUCCCCCAACGGAAACAUAACAUCGAGCAGAGGGUACGAAUUAGUUUUUCUCUGAGGAGUUAUUUUGAGCUGUUCAGUUGACCCGUUUCCAGGGAGGAACAAUAGUACAAUGAUGAACUUCAGGGCGCGGGAAAUAAUGCAAGCGCGCCAAAAAGGUGUGGAGCCCAAAGAGUGAUCAGCGUUAAAGUUCUCCUUGUAAUAUCAAUGCUUUGUAAAACAGGGUGGUCAUGAGAAUUACGGAAAUGAUCAAACAAGAUGAAUUUGCUUAAUAUUUUAUCAACUUCUCCCCACUACUUCUGUAGGAAAUGAAUAGGGGCAACAAAUGAGAAUUCAAAUUUUGAUCUUACGGUUUAAAGGGUUGAGGCAUUACACGGCCCGAUGUUUCUAUAUAGAAAGUGGGGGGAAUGCAACGAUGUUAUCAUGUUUGUGUGUCGACAAUAUCUGGACCCCAGAUCAAUAUUGCUAUAAUUCACGUGAAUCGAAUAUGAUGACAACCAAUGAAGAAGUAAACCUCUAUGUAAGGAUUUCCCCCAGCGAAAAACAUAGCAUCGAGCUGAGGGUACGAAUCAGUUUAACCCUGAAACCCUUUAUUUUGAGCAGUUCAGUUUGAAGGGAAGGAUAAUUGCGUAAAAAUGUUUAAAUUGAUUUUGUUUUUGUUUUUUUGGGGGAGGGGGAGGAAAUUUUAGUAAACUUACGCAAAAGGACGGGAGAGGAAAGAAGACGGCAAUCCUUGUGUGACAAGCGUGGCAAUAAUUUCUUUGAAAAGACUUUCCGCCAAACAUCACCUUCCUUUAAAAAGAUCUUUCUGUAAAAGACCAGAAAACAUUAAUGUUAAGUGAAGAUCACGACAAAACACACAAUUAAUUGCCCUGUCACGUUUGUCACACACAAACGAUUUGCCGUCCUCUUGUUUCUGCUGUCCUGUUGCGUAAACUCACUAUUAAUAACCAUAGGGCACGUAAGGAAUUGCAGUUGAUAUUAAUAAAGGCAUUACAUGGCGAUGUUUCUUUAUAUAGGAUACUGGAAAGGCAACAAGUUAAGUGAUGCAUAUCAACCGGAAGUGAGUCCUUUUCCAAGUUUGCAAAAAAGUCCACUUCCGGUUGACCUACGUCGCUCAAAAACGUCGUUGCUUAAGCUCCCUGAUGGCAUUAUGUGAUAGCAAGGUAGUCGCCUGUUGUUGUUUUUUAUUUGUUUAUGUGUUUUUUUCAACCUCAGGGUAACUUUACUUGCUUCUUGUGUGAUGGAUCUCCGAACCUUCCCACAUGAUUCUCAGCAAUGCCACCUCAAGUUUGGAAGCUGUAAGUUUUUUUUUGUUUGUUUUUUUUUACCGUGAUUAAUGUUAAAAAUGUCAUCCUAUGUUUUGCUAUUCCUGGUCUAAAGGGAUUUUCUACGAAAUCCUCUCCAGUUAAUUUAAUUGCAUGGUUAAAAGAGAUAAAAGUGUUGGCUAUUCUCUCCUUAAGAGUUUGGUUUCUUUUGCUAACGAGACCAGUGAAAGAAAUCCCUGGGAACAGCCAUCACUGUCCAUAUGCAGAAGCCCAUAACUUCCAUACCAGUCCGAUGGGAGGUUUCCGUGUCCGUGAAGUGCGGUUUGACUCUACCUAUAAGAGCGCAAACUGUUCCUCCUGUUUACUUAUAAACUUUUUAACGUUUUAUACUCGCCUCAUCCAAACAUUGUUUAACUAACAAUGAUGGUGUUUUUUUAAAUAUAUAUAGACUCGUAUACAGCUAGCGAUAUCGUUUACGAAUGGAUUCCUGGUGAGGUUCAGUUUGGAAACAAAGAGCUAUCUCAGUUUCAGCUCAAGGGCUCCGAGUUAUCAUCUAAAAUAGAAGUUUUUUCUGUAGGUGAGCAUAACAUUCUUUGUUUUUUAUCUCUGGCUCCAGUUGUCUGUCGCUGUUUUUCUCGUUGAGCUUCCCUGGCCUGUCGCCUACUUUUUUACUUUUCUUUCUCUAUUUUCUAAAUUUGUGGACAUGACAAUUAAUCUAAGCUUAAAACUUUAGGUAACACAGAAACAAUUUCCGCUUUCCGUUUUCGUCUUUAUUGACUUUUAAGUUGUCUCUGCUUUACAAGAAGCGGGUGGCUAAGCGAUUUCCCGCCAAAAUAACUUCGAGUUGCAUUUAGCUUGCCAUACUUGUGGGCGGACGUACGGUCACGUGAUUUCUAAAAUUUCUCGGAUGGGUAGAUUACCAGAUUUUCUUAGGUAUGGGGCUACGCUCUCGCGCGCGUGGAGCUCCGCUUCAAAUAACGCAAAAAAAAAAAUGGUCAUUUCGAAUAUUGAGCCUUUAGUUAUACUGUCAGCCACGACAUCAGAAACUUCAAUAACCUUAUCAAAAUUGAUUUUUCUGUUAUUCAAAAUGGGUAAAACAGACAGUUUCAAACCAAACCCUCACGUUAGAACGGACUUGUCGUUAUUUAUUUGUUCAAUGUAUGAAUAAAAUGGUUCGCAAAUCCUCAAAACUUACUUAACUUGUACUUAAUUUUUAGGGAACUACUCGACAAUAACAGUCACGUUUUCCUUCGAAAGACGCAUCGGCUACUUCCUCAUUCAAGUCUACUUUCCAGAUAUUUUUGUUGUGAUGCUAAGUUGGAUCGUCUUUUGGAUGGAAAAAGACGAUAUUGGCAACAGAAUGGCUCUUGGAAUCACCACCAUACUCACAAUCAUGUUCCUUCUUGGAUCACUUAAUGGCAACCUACCCAAAGUCAGUUACCCAAAAGCCCUGGACUGGUAUCUACUGGUCUCCUUCAGUUUUGUGUUUUUCUCGCUGAUCGAAUGCAUGAUAGUGUAUCUCUUCGUGGCUGAAGCCAAACAAGACAAACAAAAGCCGAUAAAAGUCAUGGUAAAUGGAUUCAUGUUAGCCAGAAAGAUGACUUGACUAUUCAAGACUGCACUCACGCCGACGAUAACAUAUUCCACCCUCUUAUGAAACCCCUGGGUUCAAACCUUUGUUUAUUAACUUACUUAUUUAUUUUUAUCUUUUUUAUGUAUGUAUUUGUUUUUUGUUUUUUUUUCUCUGGAGGUAGUUUGGCCAAGCGGUUAGGGCGCUGGGGCCCGUUUCUCGAAAGUCCCGAUAAAUAACGGGCCCGGUAAGGUGUUGCCGUUUACAUCAAAGAUCGAAGUUUCAAUAGUUCUGCAGCUAACAUGAUAAAAUUAUCAGUUAAUGAAACAAAAUGGAGUAGUUUGCCAGCCAGGACCCACGCUCUUCUUCUUUAUAUUUCGAUUUGAACAUUUGAUUUCGGGCCCGAGAAGUUACCGGGAAUUUCGAGAAACGGGCCCCUGGACUUGUACUUUGGAGGUCCCCCAAGUUCAAGUCUGGCCCUGAUCGCUGGCUGGAUUUGUUCUCCGUAGUCCCGAGUUCAAAUCCUCGGCCACUCUAGUAAAUAGCCCCGUUUGGCUCACCUCCUACCAGGUAGGAUUCUUUCAACCUUGUUACUUGUCAUUUAAAUUCAUUAUUAUUAUCAUAUUAUUAUUUAAUUUAUUAUCCCUGAAAAGCCCCACAAGGCAGGGGGAUGAUAAUUACGUACUAUUUACUUAUGUAUCUAUUUUUCAGGAAAAUGGCGCCCCCCUCUCGGAAAAAGUCUUUUCGUCUCUAACGUCACUUGUUAGCUUCAGAGGUAAAAAAUCUGGAAACGAGGGCAUGAAUCAGGAACCUGGCAACGAGCUUGAGAUGGUGAAUGGUGCUUCUAAAGCCGACAAGGCCGUAGUGGAAGAUGGAUACCAGGACGACACAAGCACAUUUCAUAAAAUGCAAAAGAUCGCAAACGCAAUCGAUAAAGCAUCGAGAUUUUUGUUUCCAUUUAUCUUUAUAUGCUUCAAUAUUUUUUACUGGACAUAUUAUUAG